CAGCGGACAACAUCAGGCAAAUGGUGCAGUAUUCCAUUUAAAUACAAGCAUGUGACCUACAAGUCUUGCACUACUGCUGAUUGGCACAGACCAUGGUGCUCCUUGGAUCCUGUGUAUAAGGGAAGAUGGGGCAACUGCCGUGAGUUUUAAAUUGACUUAGCUAAAGCAUCUUUAGUGUGUAUUUCAAAGUUACAUUUUUUAUCACUAUACCAAGAGCAUUGUCUUUUCUUUGAUAACGUUACCAGUCACCACAACUGUUUGCCCUCAGAAGACAACAUCAGGCAAAUGUUGCACUAUUCCAUUUAAAUACAAGGCAGUGACCUACAAUUCUUGUACUUAUGCUGAUUACAACAGACCUUGGUGGUCCUUGGAUCCUGUGUACAAAGGGCGUUGGCGAAUCUGCCGUCAGUAUAAAUUGACUUAGCUAAAGCAUCUUUAAUGAUAUUAUCAGUACAUAAAGACGGCUAUUUUCUCUCCCCAUCAGUUUGCUUUGCAAAGACAACAUCAGGCAAAUGUUGCAGUAUUCCAUUUAAAUACAAGCAUGUGACCUACAACUCUUGCACUACUGCUGAUUGGCACAGACCAUGGUGCUCCUUGGAUCCUGUGUAUAAGGGAAGAUGGGGCAACUGCCGUGAGUUUUAAAUUGACAUAGCUAAAGCAUCUUUAGUGUGUAUUUCAAAGUUACAUUUUUUUAUCAUUAUACCAAGAGCAUUCUGUCUUUUCUUUGAUAACGUUACCAGUCACCACAACUGUUUGCCCUCAGAAGACAACAUCAGGCAAAUGUUGCACUAUUCCAUUUAAAUACAAGCACGUGACCUACAACUCUUGCACUACUGCUGAUUGGCACAGACCUUGGUGCUCCUUGGAUCCUGUGUACAAAGGACGUUGGGGAAACUGCCGUGAGUUUUAGAUUGGCACUAUUAACGCAUUCUUUAGUGUCUAUUCAUUAAUGUGAUGUUAUCAUUAUAUAUCAAGACCUUAAAAUCAACCAUUAAUUAAGUAGAAAUAACAUUGUGAACGGUUUGAACCCAAGAGUCAUUUCAUAAAUUAAGUGGAAUAAGAUCGUCCAGGUCAGUGUAGUCCUGGAUAGGACUGUUGUUGACAGUGACUGACGUUUCGACAACUUGUACGAUAGUCAUCUUCAGAGUCAAAGUGAGUUGUAUCACGUCAACUGAUGGUAUUACACUCUGGUUAAUGACCCGAUUGGUCAAUUACUUCGCGAUGUUAUUGGUCGUCUGUCAGUUAAGUCAUGAUGUUAUUUAACAAAUUAAUGAAUGAGGCUGAAUUAUGGAGAUCGCGGAGGGUGUUACAGCCUCGACGGAUAACACCCUCCGAGAUCUCCAUAAAUCUUCAUAUGAUACGAAAGCCGAAUUCAAUAAUUGUUUUAUUAUUUAUUCAAAAUAAUUCCUAGUUUAAAGGCAUGGCUAAACAUGCUUACCUCCAUCGAUCCAUCGAAGUUAAGUUCAUCUUCGACAGUGCACGUUUAGCGUUGUUCAGCUCCGCAAAUAUUCUCCAAAUAGCAGAUGUCGCCCUUCGAGUCGUCUUCUGCUCUUUUUGCCAUGUUAUUAGCUAUUUUUUUCGCCUAGUUCUUACUCUUGAAACGAGUGAAAUGUCCACCAUUUUUCAAGUUCACAACCAAAACAACUCAACCUCGUCCCCAGGUCUUCUCGGUUAACGGUGAAUUAAUCUAUAGAAGGCUGCAUUUUUGACGUCAUUUCCUCGUUAAACACAAAAUUCUUCCAAAUUUGGUCAUCAGUAACUGGUUAUGGUGAAUUAUGCGUGUGCUUUUAGCCAAUCAGAAUUGGGGAAAUAUUUUGAAUGAAUACUAAUGGCUAUUUAACAAUUAUUCCUCGAGCCCGAAUGGGCUCUAAGUCAAUAGCCCAUCAGGGCGAGAGGAACAAUUGCUUUAGUAAAAUCCAACUAGUUGGUCAAAAAUAUGGAGGCAAAACAACUUUAGCCAGCAAAACGCCGCCAUUGUUUUGGUUUUCAAAGCCGGCGCUUUUCGCUACAAGUGGGCUGUAACAUAUAGCUAAGUAGUAGCUCGACCAAUCAGAACGCAGCAUUGAUAUAAUAGACCACUAGUUGGAUUUUACUAAAAGGCUUUAGAUGUCAUUGGUGCUUUUCUAUCCGCACUUUGUCAUCGUUUUCAGUUUGCUUGAGUCCGUCAAUAAAUUAUUUGUACGGUGCCGGUAACCGUUGACUAAGAUUCAGUGGCGUUUGUUCUAAGUACGUAAACCAGCUUUCUAAAGUGAGUCGUUGAUAGUAGUCUGUAGCAUACGUAAUACAUGUUGUAGAGUCCCAAUUGAUUUCAUUUUUCGUCUGUAAGUGGUGCUCAGCAAUGUAAUUAAUUGUUGUCAUCACCAUUUCUUGUAGCUCGUUUGCGUUAUAUCUGGUUCUUUCGGCUCUUGUAGAUUUGCUCAGCUCUUUUGCUAGAAAAAAAAAUUGCUAUCAGGCUAAUGUUCACAAUAGCUGACAGCCAUGACAGGCCUUAUAAGAUCUCUUUACCGCUCUUAUCGAUGCCAUGCCACCAAAAUUUGCUUGUUUCAUUGCCUCAUUGCUUCAAUCCCAGGGUGACCGUCAUGUGCCAGAUCUAGCACGCGACAACGAAUGAAGUAGCUUUGGUAUCACAAUUUGAGUUCCACGAAGAACAAGCAUAUCAGUCGCACAUAAUUCACUUCGCACAGCCAAUGAAUUCUAUGCCAUGCGAGUUCCUAUUCAAGAGAAAUUCUCGUACACACUUUUCAGCUCUCUGACGCUGUCUCUAAAUUUUUUCAAAUUGUCAGGCCAACAAGUUUCAAUCCUUGAGAGAGCCAGCAUUUUACAUAGUCUUUUGCUUUGGUGUUUGUCUUUCUACGGUGGUAUGUAACACAGAAGGCGUGAUAAGAAAGAUAUGCAAUAUACUUAGAACCUGAAAUGUACUUCACUGUAAACUGGCCAGGGUGCAUUCUGUCAGAAGCCAUCUUUCGAUCCUAGAACAGUUCUUUAAUUUAGGUGUGAAAAAGCACUUUUAGAUUCUUGGGGUCAGUCAUUAGUUCAAACUUAGUAUCGUGCAAAUAGGUAAGAAAUCGUUCGAAGGCUCUUACAAGCACCAAGGCCUCUUUCUCUGAAUUUAAGCCCGCUCCCAAUGUAUAGCUCUUCAUUGCUUAGUUACUGGUAGAGCACUGCAACACUAAUGGAAGGCCAUGGGUUCGAAUCCCGUUGAAGCCCCGAAAUUGUUUUGGGUAAACUGGCACUCGCUUAAAUUGCUAUUAGAACUGGGACGAUCAAAUCUUCAUUUAAAUUUGUAUUUCCGCAGUUCACAUCAUCUUCAUUGUAUAAAUUUGUGAUCUCGACAACCGCCAUCUGUACCUUCCGCAUAACACUUUUAUAGUAUCAUUCCAUCAAUGAAUGAUUUUAUCUUCACUUUACAACAAACCGAAAGUCUGUAAAAUCCUGUAGUUUCUUCUGUAUCCUGCUUGCUGGCACCCUUUGAGGGGUCAUACUUAUCGGUAGUUGAAACAAAAUGAAAUUAAUAUCGCAUCACAACUUUUUUUUUGUAGGUUGACUUUGGUGUCAUUUAAAUUACUAACCACACCAGUGAGUAUAAACGUCCUUUUAGUACUGGUAAAUUUCAGUUAUAAACUAACUCCAGUUCAUAAUCCUUGACCUGAUGUUUAGUUGUUCUUCAUUUUCAUCUACAUCUAGAGCCCGGAAUUUAAUUUUUCUCUUUAGGCAUGUACCAUUCACACGUUCUAGCCCACCUUGUCUAACUCUACUCAUGAAGCACGUGGUCUCUCUUCAGUACUCAUCGACUGGAGAGGCAGAUUUUUCUCACUUUCUUUAUCUCUAGAUUCCAAAUAAAUAUUUGGUUAAUUCAGUUUCAAUUCAUGUAAAUAACGCUAAACCCGAUUAAAAAGCUCCGAAAUCAAGACAAAUCCAGCUGAAGUAAUUAUCGAAAGUGAACUAUCACCACUAUAAACUUACCGCAUUUUCCUCACUUGCUUUAGAUUCUGCCUGAAGUUUCACAUCUGAAUGAAGUUUGGUUAAUUUGAAGACACUACCAUAAUAUGUAUUUUUGAAGAGUUGAUUGAAACCAUGUUUCACGUGUUGAUCCGAAAGACCAUAAAUGCUGUUUGGAAAUCCACGGUUAAUUUCCUUAGGAAAAGCGUUAAGACCACAGAUAUUACUAUUUUAAAAAAGGAUAAACACCUAGUGUAGACAACUGUAGUUGAAAAGGUCUGAAUUUAAUUUUUUAGUUCGAUUUUUUGAUAUUCUGAAAAGCGCGUAAUUUCACGUUUGAAUCCAGUACAAUGAAAUUUGAAUCUUUAGGUCGAGACGGUUUUUGUUUGCUUGCAUUCAUUAAAAAGAAUAUUUUCAAAAACUAACCCAAUUUCAUUUUAUUAAACACCUUACUAGGCUUACUGAACAAACAAAAAAAAGGAAGGCUAUUAUUGACGGUGACCGCGAUUUUUCCUAUUUUAAUUUCUUUGAUUUUUACAAACAUUCACUAUUUAUUUGUUGAAUGUUUUAAUUUUAUUUCUUUUUUUACCUUCACAGGUUCGGAAGCUGGUGGUCCACAGUUUUCAGAAGUAUGUACCGGAACAGGACUUUACAAUAAGGGAUCAAUUUAUUUUUGCUUUCAUAUGGUGUUGGGGACUAAGAGAAGUCUAUGAGACCGGGUUGGUCAAGGAUACAUUUCUCACUACUAAAAAAUCAUCACUGAAAAAAGCUAAAUAGGCGACCGGUAGCUCUUAAUUUGUCAAACCGAAGGAAUUUGGAGUAGAAAUUGAUUGCACUCUAACGAAUGAAAGCGCUCGAAGCGUUAUUUUCAAGUAACAGCUGUUAACAUUAAACGUUUGCCUAUUAACUUAAUCAACCAGUAUCACAGUUUUAUCAAUAAAGAUAUGAAUUAUAUUAG